AUGCCUCCAAUUAUUGCGAAUUCUCCUCCUCCAGCGAAAAGAUACAAGUCCUCCGAGUCGACGCCUGCCAGCGAUAUCGGUCGCUCGAGGUAUUAUCAUUCUGCAUCCCUCCCAUCAAGCGAAAGGGCUCGUUCACGUCAAACGUCCACCGCUAUGGACAUUUACACCAUCACCGAUCGAGAUCCAUCGGAGAGGGACCGUCGGAAUGCUCGUUUCACCAGCAAUGGCUCGGUCGCAUCACAAUCAUCGCAAAUAUCACAUAUAUCACAUGUUUCCCAAUCACCUCCUGUGAUCAUCAAUAAUCGCAAAAUCCCUGAAAAGUACCCUCCGAUCGUCGAGAAUGGCCGAUCGUAUCACGGCUAUCACAAGGGCAUGUACCUGCUUCCCUGUGACGAGGAGGAACAAGAUCGCCUGGAUAUUUUCCAUAAACUGAUGACGGUCGCCCGAGCAUCCGAUGGGUUGAUUUACGCGCCCCAUCCUGAAGAUGCGCGUAUCCUGGAUUUGGGCUGCGGAACGGGGAUCUGGUGUAUUGAGGUCGCGAACAAGUUCCCCAACGCAUUUGUAGUUGGAACUGAUCUGGCUUCGAUGCAACCCGCGAAUAAACCCAAAAACGUCGAUUUUCAUUCUCCAAUGGACUUCGAGGGUCCUUGGGCAAUGGGGGAGGAUUCAUGGGAUCUGAUCCACCUACAAAUGGGAGCUGGGAGUGUGCAAAGUUGGGCGAGUCUCUAUCGACGAAUAUUCGCCCAUCUCCGCCCGGGUGCUUGGUUCGAGCAGGUGGAAAUCGAUUUUGAGCCUCGAUGUGAUGACCGUUCUCUUAGCGGAUUGGCGUUGCGUCACUGGUAUUCUGCUCUCAAACACGCAACCGAGUCCAGGAAUCGACCCAUUUCUCAUAGUUCGCGUGAAACUGUUCGCAACUUACAAGAAGCUGGCUUCACAGAAAUUGACCACCAGAUGGUUGGCUUGCCUCUGAACCCCUGGCAUAACGAUGAGCAUGAACGCAAAGUGGCUCGCUGGUACAAUCUUGCGAUCUCCGAGAGCAUCGAGCCGAUUAGUCUGGCUGCUUUUCAUCGUGCCUACGGCUGGUCCGUUGACAAGAUUCAGCGCAUUGCUACUGAUGUCAAGUCUGAGGCUUUCAACAAGGAUAUUCACUGUUAUAAUAUCCUGCAUAUUUAUCAGGCGCGCAAGCCGCUUGCCAAUUAA